CUGGUCACAUGUACUUCACCAACCUCCUAAGUGAAGAUCCUCAACUCGAGCCCACUUAUGGUGGGCAAUGUGGAACAUUUCCAUUGAUUCUUGAUGACUCUCCACCUUUAGCCCCUAACGAGCCUAUCGGCGUUAGGAAAUCAGUGAGGGGUGCGAAUUUCACCCCCGAGGAAGACAAGUUACUUGUCUCCGCAUGGCUAAAUUGUAGCCUUAAUGCCGUCCAGGGAACAGAUCAAAAACACUCCCAGCUUUGGGAAAAGAUUUUUGAGUACUUUCAACAAUUUAAAGAAACCGCAAAUGAGCGGACAAUAAAAUCCUUAAUUCACCGGUGGUCGGUGAUCCAAAAGGUCACAAACAAAUUUUGUGCGAAACUAGCCCAAGUUGAAGGGUUAAAUCAAAGUGGCAUGACCGAGGCGGAUAAGUUUGAGAAGGCGAAGCUUAUGUACCAAUCACUCGAGAAAUGCUCAUUCCAGUUCGAGCAUUGUUGGCACCUGUUGAAGGACCAACCUAAGUGGAUUUGGCGCGCCACAAAUGAGGAUCCAAAGCGGAGGAAGACGAUGUCCCCAUCCCCUACCCCAACUCGAUGUUCCGGAGCUACACUUGAUUCAGUUUUUGAUCUCGAGGCGGAUCAUGUGAUGGAGAAUGAAGUUAUCGAGCCCGACCGACCAAUUGGAAGGAAAGCUGAGAAAGGAAAAUGAAAGGCCCAAGGCCAG